CGCCGUCACCCUGCCCGACCUCACCGACUACGGCGACAUUGACAUAGGUGACAGCCCUCGCCGCUUUCAGGACGAGCAGGAACUAAAUAGUGUUUUGUCCCAGAUCUGGACCCAUCACCUAAUUAAAGUAACCCAUCGCUUGUCUCAACUUAGCGCGACCAUCCCAGGACAAGCGUGAGUCCAGGAAUCAAGGUCCAAUAACUGGGACUUGCUAGUUCUAGGUAUAAAACCCUCCUACGCUGAGCCUAAGCUAAGUCACACCAGAUCAAAAAUGCUUACUUCCAACAUACUCACUCUUCUACUGACUACUGCUUCGGCUUCUUCAAUACCAAGCAGUACCAUCGAUCGAAGCCUAAUUCCAGAGUUUGGCUUAAGAGCCGGUCAGAGUCCGAACGGAAGUGGUAGCUGUGCUACUGCUAACAACAUUCUAAUCCCAUGCUUCUGCCCACCAGACCGCGGAGAGUUUGUCGACAGGGUUAAUUCAGCCGUCGCUGCUGGAAAUGUUCUUGGAACUCCAGUAACGUUUAACGUCGACCCUCUUGCGCAAUCAGAUAAAGAUCGAUUCGACCGUGCAACUACUUGUCUAAUCGUUUUACAGAACUUCAACGGUACACGCGGCGUGGGCUGUCCUGCAGUCUCUGUGCCAAACAUCCUUAGUCAGCAGAAGCAGUUCGCGCGUUUAUUAUAGUGCGAAAGCUUCAAGGGAGUACUAUAGUGAUGAGGACCUGUGAUGGAGGAGCCCUGCUACGCUAUGACCUAAGGUCCCCAUCUCUCAGGCGGAGUUAUUUUUCUGUAGAGGCGGUUGGUAAUAUGGGCCUUUGGGGAUAUGAGCCGUGUAUGGAUUUAGUGGUGGAGUAGAGAAGAACGCCGUGAAUGGAGAUGACUUUCUUGAUCAGAUGCUGUGGGUUUCUACCCUUCGAUAGUGUAGCGCAGAUAUAGAGAAGGCUUUUCUUUCCAACGUAGCGUCCAAUGCU